ACAAGUAACUUAAGACGACGUCACAAAGAGGUUAGAUUUCUUCUUCAACGCGUUUCAGAAUUGGAGUGGUUUAGGGUUGUACAUGGAUUACUGACAAGUUUCGUGUGAUUUUUUUACAGUUCCGAACUUGGUACCGUUCAAACAUAUAAAAGGAAAGUUUGUCUUCGUUGAAACAUGGUACUGUCGUGUCGAUUUUAUAAAGAAAAGUAUCCAGAGGUGGAGGAUGUUGUAAUGGUGAAUGUACGCAGCAUAGCUGAAAUGGGUGCAUAUGUGCAUCUAUUGGAAUACAACAAUAUUGAAGGCAUGAUUCUGCUCUCUGAGCUCUCCAGGAGACGUAUUAGGUCUAUUAAUAAACUUAUCCGGGUAGGCAAAACGGAGCCGGUUGUCGUUAUUCGUGUAGAUAAGGAGAAAGGUUAUAUUGAUCUGAGUAAGCGACGUGUAUCUGCUGAAGAUGUGGAAAAGUGUACGGAGAGAUACGCUAAAGCUAAAGCUGUUAACUCAAUUUUAAGACACGUGGCAGAACUGCUGCAUUAUGACAACGAUGAGCAAUUGGAAGAACUUUAUCAAAAAACAGCCUGGUAUUUUGAAGAAAAAUACAAGAAACAGAAGGCGUCCGCCUAUGAUUUUUUCAAACAAUCAGUAUUGGAUCCCUCCAUUUUAGCAGAGUGUGGUCUGGAUGAGCAUACAAAAGAAGUAUUGCUAAAUAAUAUCAAGCGAAAACUCACUUCGCAAGCGGUCAAAAUUCGAGCGGAUGUAGAAGUGGCUUGCUAUGGCUAUGAAGGAAUCGAUGCUGUAAAAACUGCGCUGAAGGCUGGCUUAGCUCUUUCCACUGAUGAACUUCCUAUAAAAAUUAACUUAAUUGCUCCUCCAUUAUACGUCAUGACGACAUCUACUCCAGAAAAACAGGAUGGUUUAAAAGCGCUAAGCGAUGCGAUCGAAGUCAUACAAAAUAAGAUAACGUCACUUGGAGGUGUAUUCCAAGUUCAAAUGGCGCCAAAAGUUGUUACUGCGACGGACGAAGCAGAAUUGGCGCGACAGAUGGAACGUGCAGAGCUCGAAAAUGCGGAGGUCGCUGGUGAUGAUGAAGAAGACGUGGAGGGGCUAGAAGGCGAUUUUAGCAGUGGUGAAGGAACUGAUCCCAUCAGCAAAGGUAUCGAACAGAAUGGCAAAGCUGUAGACCAUAACGACAAGGAAGAUCUGUCCGAUGAAGAUAAUUGAAUAUUUACAUAUAUAUAAAUAAAUAUAUAUAUGUAUAUAUGAGCGUGUGAAAAAAAUACACAUUCGAUUUGAACUAAUCGAUAUCGCAUGUAUUUUUAAUUACAGCUAGAUUUGAUAGAAUAUUCUACUGCCUUGUCGGAUGUCAGUACGAUUUUUCAAUAAAUAUGAAAAUAAAAGAUGUAAAAAUCAAUCACUGUAAUAUUUUAUAGAAAUUUUCUAUUGAUUUGAAUAAACGAUCUCAAGACAGGUGUCUUCA